AUGACUGCACCUUCCGAAUUAGAUCAAAGAGAGCUAAUCGAUUUUGAAGAUAAUGACGACAAUGUGCUUGUGAUGCAAGAUGGAAAUGUAAUUCGAAAUGGUCGUAUAUUAAGCGCAGAACCAACUGCUUCUCCACUUUCAUCCAUUACCUUUAGCUGGAUGAACCCUCUGUUGAAGGCAGCAUUUCAUUCCCGUCUUACAGUGACCUCUUUAUGGGAGUUGCCUGCACGACAGAGAGCAAGGGAGAACUACCGUCUGUUUGCUGAGCAGCAAAGAGCGUCGACUGCUAUCACUGUCUCAUCGCUUUUACAACGGAUAUUCAAAGCCAAUCGAGCAAUUAUCAUGCAUCAGUUUGUCACAGCAAUUGGAGCUGUCAUCUUUCACUAUACCAAUCCUUACUUUUUACGUCAGCUAUUGAAUUACAUUCAAGCACAUCAAAAGGAAGACAGGGUGGAUAGGGAAAUGGGUUACUUGUAUUGUUUGGCAUUGUUCAUCUGUAGCGUGAUCAGCACCCUAAUAGCUUCCCAGUCCUUGCUAUGGGGCAGACGAUGGCAUGUCAAUAUUGUUCACAUGCUCAACUCGGAAAUAUACGCGCAUGCCCUUCGUCUCAAGCAAACGCAUGAUAUGUCUGAAGACGAAGAAGAAGAGAAAUCGAACUUGAUCAACCAGGACACAGAGCGGGUAGCAGAACUAGCUUCUUAUCUUCAUAUCUUUUAUACUUGUCCCCUUGAAAUCAUAGCAGGUGUUGUGUUUUUGUACCAAAUACUUGGUACUGCCUUCCUAGCGGGUCUGAUCGUUAUGGUUAUUGCCUUACCAUCCACUCAUUAUAUUAAUCAAAAACUCAUGAAGGCCCAAACACAUUUGAAUGAUGCCAAAUCUUGGAGAAUUCGUUUGUUGAAAGAGCUUUGUGAAGGUAUGAAGACGAUCAAAACAUUAGCCUCAGAAAGAAGAUGGGAAGAUGCAAUUUCUAGUGCUCGAGAUGAAGAACUUGUCAAGUUGAUCAAGGUAUAUACACAAAACACCUUAUUAAACUUGAUCUGGUUUGCCAUGCCCGUAUUUGUAACUACGACAUCAUUUGCAUGGUACACACUUGUCGAAAAGAAAUCAUUGGAUGCGAGCACUGCAUUCGUCAGUAUUGUGUUAUUUGGUAUGUUACGUGAUCCACUGAAUGUUGUUCCCCAAGCCUUUAUAGCCUACAAUGACAUCUAUGUUAGCCUUGGUCAUGUUGUCCGCUUCUUGAAUACUGAAGAAAAGAGGGAUGAUGUAGAAAUCGCUGCUACAUGCGACAGUGAUAACGACGAUGGUGAACAUCCUUUUGACUAUGAAGAGCAAUCAAAAAUCACUCUUCGUACUGCUGUAUUUAAAUGGCCCAGUGGCAACGACGUUUUCAAACUAAAAGUGCUAUUUGAACUCGAAAUUCCAUCCAGUAGGCUUUCUGUUCUUUCUGGGCCAUCAGCCUGUGGUAAAACAAGCCUACUGAAGGCCUUGCUUGGUGAUAUGCCUCUAGAUUCAGGAGAGAAGCCCCUUUUGCCCUCUCGUUUUUUGUGUACAGCUAAUACACAUAAAAGCCUCGUUCGGGAUCCUGUAUGUCCAUUGUUUUACUUACACAAGGUCGCUUAUGUGCCGCAGACGGCUUGGAUUGAACACACGACUGUAAGAGAAAACAUUUUGUUUUCAGAGUCUUGGGACGAUGCAAGAUACAGAACCGUUUUACAUCAAUGUGAUCUUCUAAGGGACUUAUCGCUCUUUGAAAACGGAGAUUUGACCGUCGUGGGCGAUAAAUCAGCUAUAUUUAACAAUGGUGUCAACAUAGAGGCAUUGUAUCACAAGAUAUCGCUUGCUAGAGCUGUUUACUCAAGAGCAAAGACUGUGUUGAUAGACGAUAUCUUUCAAGUGCUCGGUAAGACAGUAUCUACUUUUAUAUACGAAAACUGUAUUCGUGGUGAUCUGAUGCGGGAAAGGACCGUGAUUGUUGCUGCGGCCUAUCCUGACAUGUUUUGGGCUCGCGAUGCAGCUAUCUUUAUCCAUAUUUCUCUUGUCUCCGACGGCCAAGGCGUAGUAGACUCUGUCGAAACUGAUCCAGAAAAGAUUGUGGGAAUGAUUAAGCAGCGACGGGCAGACAGAUUGACGCUGGUCGAUGCCGUAAGACACUAUGACAUCUUUGGGGAUGUAGUGGAUGUCCUCUUUGAGAAUAACAGUGUUAUGGCGGGCGUCUUUACAGAAGACGAGUUCUUCGAUGAAGCUUCGAUCAUGCCAGCUUCGAUUCGAUUACUAGACGAAGAAGAGAAUGCUAAAAGAGAUUAUGCCUAUGCGACUUAUUUAUCUGCCUGUGGUGGAUGGCAGUAUUGGACUUUUGCGGUGCUAUUCACUCUCUUGGCAUGCAUAUCAAAUAUAGCAGAGAGUUAUUGGCUAAAGGAAGGUUUGGUCCAUGACUUAUCCAACACUCUUAUCGCUGUCCUGUUUAACUUUGUUCGCACCAUUAUCCAGUACCGUGGAUCCCUUCGUGCCUCUAGCCGACUCUUUUUGGGCCUCUUGAGGUCGUUUUUUGAAAUAACAUCACCAGGUCGGAUCCUAGAAAGAUUCAUAAAGGAUAUAGAAAUAGUCGAUGGAAGUAUAGGAUGGCAAGUUGGAUUCUUGCUACAAAUGGCAUUUAGCAUCAUUGGGGCUGUGUUUACAAUUGGUAUUAUACUACCAGAGUUCUUUGUAGUCAGUACGUUUGCAACCAUAAUCUAUCUUUAUAUUGGCAUAAUAUAUAUUAAAGCCUCUAAAGAAUUGAAAAGGUUAAAUGUCAGCAGUCGCACGCCCAUCCUUCAUCUCUUCUCUGAUACAUUGACUGGAUUGCUAACAAUACGAGCCUAUGGUGAAGAGUGGACAAUGAUGAAAAAGAUGUUCAAUAGACUCGACGACAACAUGAGACCAUUUUAUACUCUGUGGACGACUAACAGAUGGCUCUUUGUACGUAUUGAACUGUUAGGCACCCUGUUAUCCUUGUUCAUUUCCAUUUUACUUGUCUAUAAAAUGGAUAUCAUUGAUGCCGGCAUGGCAGGCAUUGCACUAACAUUUUCAACAAACCUACAGGAAUAUGUAUACUGGCUGAUGCGACAAUCAACAGCCGUGGAUAUACAUUUUGAAUCAGUCGAAAAGAUCAAUGAGUAUAUGAAUGCUCCUCAGGAGCCACCUAGCAUUGUUGAAGGCUCUCGCCCGCCUGCUUCAUGGCCUACAGCAGCAACGAUUCAAAUCAAGGAUCUCAUGGUUAGUUUCAAUCAUUCUGAAGUGGAUGCUGCAUUAAAACAUGUUACUCUCAAUAUCUACUCGGGCGAGAAAGUGGCGCUGAUCGGAAGAGCAGAUGGGGAAAAGAAUGCGCUCGUCUCCAGUCUAUUUCGCUUUGUAGAACCCAUGGCAGGAUCCAUAAAGAUUGAUGGUGUUAAUAUUGCUUGGAUCGGUGUUGAAGAUUUGAGAUCACGUAUUACAUACAUUACAAAAGAAAGCUGGCUACUGAGUGGAACAGUUAGAAGUAACCUGGAUCCAUUUGGAGAAUACGAAGAUUAUGCACUUUGGCAAGUCCUGUACAAGGUUUAUCUUGCCAAGCCUCAUGAUCAGUCACAGAGAUCCAGCCAUAGUGGCAGCAGUAGCAGUGACCUCAAAGGCUUGCCCUUUUCUUAUAUUCAUGAUCUAGAUUAUGAUAUCGGUAAAAAUGGCUCUCGUUUUACCGUCUGUCAGAGACAACUACUCUGUAUUGCGCGAGCCUUACUUCAGGACUGUACGAGACUAGUCGUUUUUGAAGAGGCUGAUUUGAACAUAGAGUCUCAAGAAAUCAUUCGAUCUGUGAUAGACCAGGAAUUCCAAGAAUCCACACUAUUGGUCAUACCUUAUUUACUACGUCAAGUCGUGUAUUAUGAUAAGGUGAUUGUAUUUGAUCAUGGAACUAUUGCCGAAAUGGAUUCACCUGGAGAACUGCUGAACAGACAAGGUAGUUUGCUACAGCUGCUGUGCGAUAAAGCUGGCAUUUUGGAUGAGUUAACACUAGACAUUUUUUCAUAA